CAGGAACAGCAAACCAAUUUCGUGCCUCUCAAAGCCAAAAGAAGACGCGCUUCUUCGAAACAGUUGGAUGUAUUAAACAAGGUGUUUGAAAGAACCGUUUUCCCUUCUACGCAACUAAGAGCUGAAUUAGGUCGUCAACUGGGUAUGAGCCCUCGUACUGUUCAGAUUUGGUUCCAAAAUAAACGCCAGGCGCUUCGUACAAAAGAGCGU